AUGAGCAAGUCUUUUAAAGAUUCUCUCAAAGCGCUUGAAGCUGAUAUUCAACAUGCCAAUACCCUUGCAUCCGGUUAUCCGAGAGAAUGUGAUGGCGCGUGGCUUCAGAUGAGACUAUCAUACAGCCCGUGUGCCCAUAUUUUCCUCUUCCUUUUCCAGUGGACUGAGUGUCGUCUUGCUGGUGCACUCGGUCUCAUUCGUAUCCUUAUUUAUAAGGCGUACGAAGACGGCAAAACGACCAUGUUUGUACAUGAAAGGAAAGCUAGCAUAAAAGAGUUCUAUGGAGUGAUAUUUCCCUCUUUGCUGCAACUCCAUGGCGGAAUAACUGAUGCGGAUGAGAGAAAACAGAGAGAGAUUUGCGCAACAAAAUAUAGAAGAAAAGACGAGAUUACGAUUAAGGGCAAGAAGCUGUCUGAAAUCGAAAUCGAAAGGGAGGAAGAAUGUGGGAUUUGCAUGGAAAUGAACACUAAGGUUGUUUUGCCCACUUGCAAUCAUUCUUUAUGCAUGAAGUGCUACAAGGAUUGGCGAUUGAGAUCUCAGUUGUGCCCGUUUUGUCGAGACAGUCUCAAGAGGGUUCGUUCGGGGGAGCUAUGGAUAUACACUAGCAAAUGUGACAUUAUCGACUUAUCAACCUUUGAACGUGAGAACCUUAAGAGACUUUUCAUGUAUGUCGACAAAUUGCCGGUUGUCGUCCCAGAUGCAAUGCUGGUAUCUCAUGAUCCUCGCAUUUGA